UCGCGAGAAUCAUUACACGCGUACAUGCGAUAAGCGAAACAUCACUUGUUAGAGUGGAAAAUUACUGUUUACAUACAGCAACCUGUUGUAUAUGAAUUCUGCCUUAAUGGGUCUUAGAUCUAAUUAAGGAGGAAUAUUUAAUUCUUUAAACCUGUGGAUCUAGUUUAUACCACAUUUUAUUCUUUUGGUAAAGGGACUUCAAUGAUUCUGGAAUUCCCACCGGUGAUGCCAGAAUCGGGCGGUGAGUUAGAUUUGUUGCCCCCCUCCACCUUAACCUCGGAGAUCCUGCCGUGCCGGAGACGGUUAGGUCUCACGCUGGAUUUCGGCACGGAUGAUUAUAACUGUGUUCCGAAAAGGUGUAAACUGGAAUCCAUGAAUUUUACCCUUAGUGCUUUGAACAAACUCAAUUCCACUACGAACAAUGUGAGCGCUGUCUUUUCAGCGAGGACUAUGCAAGCUCAGGAAUUGGCCUCCAAGAUGAGUAAGUCUCGGACAGUGUUAGUCUUGGACUGUCGACCAUUCGUGUCUUAUAAUAUUGCUCAUAUCCAAGGUGCUAUUAAUGUGAGUUGUUCCGAUAGGUUUAAUCGGAGGAGACUCCAACAGGGAAAGGCCAGUAUCAUUGACCUUGUUUCCUCCAAGGAGGGCAAAGACAUGUUUAAGAAAAGGUGUUCUAAGGAGAUUGUGAUUUACGAUGACCAUACGAAGGACGUCCAGUCGCUCAGCCCGGAUUCCUCAAUGUAUCUUGUGCUAUCUUCCUUAUUACGAGAGGGCAAGGAUGUUUAUAUUCUGAAAGGAGGAAUUGAAGAGUUCAGGAACAAGCACUUGGACCUUUGUGAUAGCAGUGUUAAAUCUCAGGAAGCCCGCCCCCUAUACAGUCCCACCACUCCCAUUAUUGAGCCCCAAAUCGAGACGGCCACCGCCACCCAGAUCCUUCCUUUUCUCUACCUCGGGAAUGAAAGAGAUGCAGCUAAUUUACAGCGACUGCAGGAUUUGAAUAUCACCUAUGUUCUCAAUACGACAUCUCACAUACCCAAAUAUUUUGAAAAUCAGGGAAUCCAUUAUAAAAGAAUUCCCGCCUCAGACAGCGGGUGCCAAAAUCUAAAGCAGUAUUUUGAGGAGGCCGUUGCAUUUAUUGAUGAGGCAAGACAAAAUGGUGCUAAUAUUCUAGUCCAUUGCCACGCAGGCGUGUCACGGUCUGCCACUAUCACCAUCGCCUACCUUCUCAAACAUUCAAAACUUUCAAUGAUGGACAUUUAUCGUUACGUGAAGGGCAAAAGGUGCAUCAUUUCACCCAACUUCAAUUUUAUGGGUCAGUUGAUGGAAUACGAACAAGCUCUGAACAACGGGCUGUGCGAACGCUCUGUGAUACCAAAUAUCGUUCCGGACGAAAAUCACGUGUGACGUAUACAUCCGGAAAAUCUCGUGGUUUUUCCUAUAAAACAAAGACAAUCGAAAAGGAAGAUCUGUCAGUAUGGGGAAAUGAUAUGUUGACCAAGUACUUUCAUUUGUGCAAUAAGUAUAAGGGCCAAACUAAUGAACAAUACUCGAAAAUAAAAAUCAUUCCAUCAUAAGUGCGAAUGCUUAAAAAAUCAUCAAAAACGUACGAAGAAAUCCAAAAGUUUGAGAAAAGACUCAAAAAAUUGUGUGAGAAGAAGAAAGAUUAAGAGAAAAUGAAAUGUUUGUCUAGUGUUUCUCGCGUUGUCUCUAGUCAUUUAUUGUAUUUCACUUAAAACUGUUAUUUUGUAUGUAUUUAGUCACUAAGGUUUUGUCUUUGACUUGAUCUAUACACUGUAGCUCUUAGAGCGCUGUUUAUGAUUCAUUCACAGCGAAUCUCUAGAAUGCAAAGCAAGGGGUUAAUCUCUUACCAUUUACCUGAGCUACUCGGUUCAAGCCAUCUGUUAUUUAAAUAUACAAUUAAUGAAUGCUAAAAAAGAACAAAAAGCUCAUUAGUAGGGAAAAGCUACCGCAAAAAUUAUUUUUUGCUUCAGGGAUUUUAAUCUCCAAAACUUUAUGCGAUUUGACAAACAGUAGAAUUAGAAAAAGGAACGACAAUUUUUUCUAUCUAGAAAAUGCAAAACUGGUUUAUUAUUCUCUGAUUAAUUUAUGAAAUAAAAAUUAAAUCAUUUCUAGUUCUUUAAAACUAAUGAAGAUUUAAGACUAUGUUUAACACGGCUACCUCAGUGCGUACCGAUUAAAACUAUUAUAUAGUGUGGUAUGCAUCUCCAUAUACCCUCACCAUAUAUGCCUUGAUUUAUCAUCCUAUGCACCCACAAAUCGACAAACAACUUACAAAUUCAAUGUUGUUGCCAUUUAUUUGUAAAUAUUUUUAAAUUAUUUAAUCAUUCCGGACGAACAGACAUAUAUACAGAUCAAGAGUUCUUAUCACUUAUGACCCCCAAAAGUAUAAAUAUAUAUAUACGUACCAAUCUGUUUAGUUUUUUGUAUUAAUUAAGAUGUUAAUUUUUCAUCACGAAAAUAAUGACGUGAAAGAUUUACAUUCCAUUCCGAAAUGCCUCUGUCUAGCUGUUGUGAAAAGAAACACGGUUGUUAAAAUUUUUGUUUCAUUUAAAAGUGCCUUUACAUGACAAAUUUUAUUUAUCAAACAUCAUGUAUAAAGUUUUUUAAGUCGCUGAAAAUAUGUUGAAAAUAAUUUUAUUUUGAUGUCUUAUGUUUAUAAUUGAGGGAAAUGUUUGACUGUAUAUGUGUUGUGGAAUAGUGAAGUGGGCCAAGACUCCAUUCGAUUCACGUGACCCAAGGUCAUAGACCAAACUGAUAUGUGGAAAAACGAAUAAAAAAAUAAAAACAAACAAAAA